GUGAUGGAAAGAGGGAGGGAAGGUGUUUUUGAGUUGAAGAAGAAAAGAUCGGGAUAGGGCUAAAGUAUGGCAGCUUGGAAAUCUCUGAAAAACAGAUUUGUGAGGCCUGGCUGAUGUGCCCCUUUGGGGACAAGACCCCAAGACCAGUGUCCGUCUAACCUAAAAGGAGGGAAUCGGGGGUGUGAAGAGCCCAGGAGGACUGUGGGACUUCAGCCCACCAAGUAGGAGUUGCAUGGAUUAAACAGUACUUUGACAUUUGUACUGCUUUCAAAAAAAAAAAAAGAAGAUAUGUUGUUUCCAGCACUCAAAUAUUGUGCAAUAGACUAUUUAUAUGAGAAUGAAGCUAGAAAGAAGUAUUACAGAGAUACUUUAAUGAUUCGAAUCCCUUCAUGUUUAUGUCAAGAUGGAAAUUAUCUUGCAGAAGUUAUUGAUAGUACAUAUAGGACGCCAUGGACAAGAAUCUCAGCUGUUCCAGUUUGGGGAAAUACAGAUAUUUCAGUCUUGGACCAAUGGAAAGCAAGUUUCCAUGUGGAGGAUUUCCUUGAGAAGAAAACACCUGCAAGAAUGGUUACCCGGGUUAAUUGCAACUGUGAAGAAAUUGUUCCAAGUUCAAAUCCAAACUCACAACCUGAAGUAGAAGAAGGCAGCUUUUACACCUUCCAGGACUACAGUGAAGUCUUUACACCUAUCAAGUGUUCAGAGAAAUAUUCAUCUUCUCAGGCACAGAGCCAAGAUUUAUAUAUUGAUGAAGAAAUGAUUUUUGUAAAUAGUUUGAUGGAUUAUAAAAAUCAGCUACCAACUUUGCAAACUCUCUUGAGUAGACUAAAAUUAUUUAAGUUAAAGGACCCUCUUAUAGAUUUCAAAAAACAGACCUUCAAUGAAGAUAUUGUUUUCAGGGAAUGUUUAUCAUCUCAAGGAAGUUGGGACGUUUUUCUGAAAGAUCUUUAUAUGGAUAAAGAGAACUUUUGUAAGGUGGAACUAGGAGAUGCAGAUUUAAAUGAGCCAUUAUUUUUUUAUUUUGAGUUUGAAUCCUUACUAUCUACAAUUCUUAAACAAGAAACUAGUGUUCCAUCACUGUCAGACCUGAAGGAGUUAUUAAACUUAACGCCAGAAGUAAUAAAUUACGUAGAUGAAAAUGAAAAGCUUUUCAAAAGAGAUCUUACUUCCAAGCAUGGAAUUGAAAUUGAGGAUAGAAAAUGGAGCUUCACAGAGAUUUUAACAUCUCAAAGCCUGUGUGAGCCAGAGUGCCAUGAACCAGAAGAGUUAGAAAUGCUGCUAAGUCAGCCACAUGGCACAAGUCAACAUUCUUCAGUGAAUUCAUUAUGUGCAGGACUUCAGACAUAUCCGUUGUCUCCUGAUUGUAAAAGUAAUUUACUUACUGCUGAGGAAUCAGCUAAGAAAUAUGCUAUGGUGCAGCAAUCAGAAAGCUGCAGAAGCUCUUCGGACACACUGUUGCUUACAGCACCAAGUAUUCAAGAGUGCAUCGGUCAAUAUUCAGUUACAGAUCUUCCAAGUAUGGUGUCUAUUGAGGAAGAAAGUCUUGUGAUUGAUCCUGUAAAGGCGGAGUGCCAGAAAAAAGCAAGUCUAAGUCCAAAGAUGAUAGGAAGUUUGGAAAACACAAACACAUCUUUGGAUCAUUGUCUAUCUCUAAAUGAUACUAAAAUGACAAUGUUUUUGCCUGAAAACAUGCUUCAAUUAGAAUCACAUUUAGAGGAUAAAAGUUGUCCUUCACCUAUUAUACUUAUUAAUGAGAAAUCUACAAAUGAUCAUUUAUCACUUCCACGAAUGAGUCUACCUCUGGCAGAAGAAGUAACAGAUAUGUGUUUUUCUGAUGAUGGUAUCUCUACUAAACCAGCAGCAGCAGAAGAAAAAUCACAGAAUGAUCAAGAACUAGUAGAUGGAAUAACCCAAAAGAAUGAAAAUAAAGAUCAUUUUGAGUUUGAGUACACAGAACCUUCUAUUGAAUCACCUUCCACUUCAAGAAUUAAAAAAACAUCUUUCAAGAAUUGCAAAAAACAGGAUAACUAUUUGGACCCUCUGAGUGACUUUAUUAUGCUGCGAAAUAAAUAUACAACUUGUAUAUCAAGGACCAAAGUCACAGACAAUGAUGAAAAAAAUGCAUUUCAAGAUGAAGAAGAAUGUUCAUUGACUCUUCAAGAAGAAAGUCCUAUUGUUUGUGGUAAUAAAACCCUAGAGAAAAUAAUUCCAAAAAGGGGAGUAAAUAAUGUCAUUGAAAUUCAAGCAUCAGAUAGCCAAUGCAAAGCAUACUGUCUUCUAGAAGCAGCAGCUGCUCCUGUCUUAAAAAAACUUGCAUGCCUCUGUCCUUUCCCUGCUGCUAAUUGGAAAUUUGCUACUGUUAUUUUUGAUCAAACAAGGUUCUUCUUAAAGGAACAAGAAAAAGUAAUAAGUGAUGCUGUUCACCAAGGUACAAAUGAUGAAAGAGAAAUGACGUUCAAGUAUGCCGCUGUCUUACACCUUCUGGUAACAAUUAGAGAUGUCCUCUUAACAUGUGACUUGGACACAACAUUGGGAUAUUUAUCAAAUGCAAAAGAUGUCUACAAAAGUAUUUUAGGCUCCUAUUUGGAUGACAUUUGGAGACAGCUGGAUAUUGUACAGUUUAUUAAGGAAAAAAAGCCUGAAAUCAACUACCGAAUACAAGAAUUGCAAUGUCAGAUAGUAAAUUGGAUGCAAGACCAAGAGCAAAUUAAGGUGCUGAUUAUAAUAAGAAUGGAUUCAGAUGAUGAAAAGCAUUUGCUCAUUAAAAUGCUUUCCAAAAUAGAAGGUUUAACAUUUACUGAACUUAAUUCGAAUCAAGGAAGAGAUUUUCUGGAAUCUAACAUUCUAUUAAAUGGUACAAGUUCCUGUGUAAUUGUACAUAAUCAAUAUAUUGGAGCAGACGUUCCCUGGAAUAAUUUCUCAUUUGUGGUGGAAUACAAUUAUGUAGAAAACUCUUGUUGGACUACACACUGUGAAAAGUUGAAUAUUCCUUACCUGGCCUUAAAAAUGGUUCUUCCGGACACAGUUUUGAAGAGAAACACUUUACUGGAUGGAUUUGGUGAUUUCCUUCUGGAAAUUCAGAUUCCAUAUGUGUUUUUUGCAUCUGAUGGACUUCUUAAUAUUCCAGAAAUACUUCAACUGCUAGAAUCCAAUUACAAUAUCACACUGGUGGAAAGAUGCUACAGUGAGUCAUUAAAACUCUUUGGAAGCACAGAGCAUUAUGUAGUGGUGACAGUUGAUGAACACACUGCUGUCAUUUUGCAGAACCUAGAAGAAUUGAAUUGUGAGAAGGCAUCAGACAAUAUCAUUAUGAGACUCAUGGCAUUAUCAUUCCAGUACAGCUAUUGUUGGCUAAUUUUAUACAAAAAAGAAACACUAAAUUCAGAGUACCAUCUUACAGAGAAAACACUUCAUCAUCUAGCACUGAUUUAUGCAGCAUUGGUUUCAUCUGGGCUAAAAUCUGAAGAACUGGAUGUAAAGCUUGUAAUUGCCCCAGGAGUAGAAGAGGCUGCAUUGAUAAUUCGACAAAUUGCUGACCACAAUUUAAUGAUCUCGAAGAAAGAACCUCAUGAUUGGUUGGAUAAAUCUUGGCUUGAAGUUUCACCAUCUAAGGAAGAAAUGUAUUUACUUGACUUCCCAUGUAUUAAUCCACUGGUGGCUCAGCUCAUGUUAAAUAAAGGACCUUCUCUGCAUUGGAUAUUAUUAGCAAACCUGUGUCAACUUCAGGAAGUCCUACCUGAAGUUCCAGAAAAAGUGUUAAAGCAUUUUUGCAGCAUUACUUCUUUAUUCAAGAUUAAUUCUUCUUCCAUAACAAAAUCACCUCAGAUUUCAUCACCUCAGGAAUACAAGAAUCAGAGUUCAGCUUCCGACUUUUCAGACCCUAUCACUGAACGAUAUAAUGAAUAUUACCAAUAUUCAGAUUUAGGAGAGAGAGCACGAGAAAACACAAACACCACUUAUAACACUUUUCACGAGGAACUAAGAGAAAUGCUUCCCACUUUAUCAUCUGCAAGUUCUUAUAACCAGACCAACUACUGGAAAGACUUCAGUUGUAGCCCUAACGUAGUACAGAAUAAUCCUUGUCCAAUUAAUCUGGAAUCAAGGAAAGCAGCUUGUAACUCAUUUCUAAACCAGAAUGACUCAGGCUCAGAUGUCUUUUCGUUGGGUCUAACACAAAUAAAUUAUGAAUCCACAAUACCACCAAUUGACACUCAGAGGAGAGCUACCCCUAGUUUUAUAAAUUAUCAGGAAAAGCAGAUACAUGAAGCAAAAGGCUCCAAAAACAAGGAAGUAUUUGCCCCCAUCUUUUCACUAAUGGGCUCUCAAUCUCCUCAUUUGAACCGUAAGAAAAAUGUGUGGGAACCACAGACUCAUUCAUUCAACUUACAAUGUGGCAUGGAGCAGACUACGUGUAACGAAUGGUACUCUCAGAAAGGUAAUCUAUUCGCUGACCAGCAGCAGUAUCUACCAGACCAGUUAGAAGGCUUCCCUUGGGAAAGUUCAAAUGCUGCGACUGAGAAGACUUUCAGGGGAGACAUACCAUCUGUUCCCAGUUUAGAUUUUUCUCCUGCUUCUAAUGUAAAUCAGAAAGAAUCCAACCGUAGCCUUUAUUUCUACCAAGGAACUGGGAAAUGUUUAAGUCAGAAAAGGCACCUUGAAUCUUCAUCUAACUCAGGAGACAAGGAAUCAUUAACAGGUUUCAUGUACUCGCAACUACCACAAUUCAAGAAACGACGUCUCACUUAUGAAAAAGUCCCUGGUAGAGCUGAUGGACAAACCCGGCUGAGGUUUUUUUGAAAAGUAGAAAGGACAGUGAUUCAUGUCAUAUUUCACUGCUUUUGGUGAAAAUUCAGUAGCAGAAUUAUUUAAUUUGCUCAGACAUUAAAGAAAAUGCAAUUAUUAAAUAUUCUCAGUGUUUACAUCUUAAAUUGUCAUGCCUAAUUGCCCUACUACUAGCAUCUUUGUAAGUAAAAUAUUGAAAUGUAUCAGUUAGUAUAAUAAUUAUAAGAUUCAAAGUGUCUUCCAGAUUCACGGAGACAUCACAAACCUUUUAAAUGCGUCUCUAUCACUGUUUGAGCCUCUCAGUCAAGAAGUGAAAAUGACCAGCUGCAACCCUGCAACACCAAGAUCUAAAGCCUAGGGCAAAAUUAGGGAGUUUUGAAAAAUUUUUAAAAGUUUUAUGUAU